AUGGUGGCCCCGGAGGCGGCCAGGCGGAGAAGGAGGAGGCGAGGGCGCUUGGAGCAAGGAGCCGCCGCACUGCUUGCCUGCUGCGGGCUCCCGUGUGCCGCGGCGGCGCUGCAGGGCGGCCUGCGGUGCUUCGCCAGCGGUGCCCGCGGCGCCCCCGCGCGUCAGCCCCGCGGCUGCGCUCGGCAGGCAUCAGACCCCGAGAAGCCGUGGAAGUCAGUGGUCUUCAAGAUGCCCAGAAAGAAGCCAGAGAGGGUGAUAGAGACGGAGGACGACGCCUUCACCAAGGAGAUGCGCGUGCGCCUCAAGGCCCUGGACUUGAAGCCGGACGCCAACGUCGGAGGAACACGCGGUGUCAACGAAGCGAAGAUUGACGACCUGAUCGGGAAAGAAGCGGACGAUGCCAAAAUCAAUGGGCUGUACGCGAUGUGGUACAUCGACCGGAAGAACGACCAGCUGAAGGCCGAGGCGAACAGCCCGGACAAGCACGUCAUGCGCAAGCGCUACGAGGAGCAGAAGCACAAGCUCCUCCUCAAACGCGCUGCCGUCGCAGACGAUCGGCCCGCCGAGAAGGCGACCUCGGACGGGCCAGGCUUCCUGGAGCUCACCAACGUUCAGGACAUAGACCGGAUGAUCGAGGAGGCCCGCGCGAGGCCCCCGAAGCCGCGCCACGAGGCCCCCUCGGGGGAGGGCGCGGAGCGGCCGGCCCAGGACAGUGACGUCGUGGAGUACCUGACCGCCAUGCAGCUGAAGUCCCAGAGGGAGGACAAGGGCUCCAAGCGAGUGGUCAAGAGCAAGGAGCAGAGGAGAGAGGACUACGAGGAGACCAAGGUGCAGAUCCUCGCCACUACUGCGGCUCUCGGCGCCUCCGGCACCGUGGGCUUCGCCGUGGCCUCGGGCGUCGACGCGGCCUUCAGCUUCGGCCUCGGCUCCCUGGCCGCGCUCGCCUACCUCUCGGGGCUGUCCUCGUACACCGACAACGCGGACAAUCCGAUGGGCAUGGCGUUGGGCGGCCGGCGCUUCCUGGCGCCGAUCUUGCUGGUGCUGCUGGUGGAGGGCUGGGACCGCGUGGAGGCCCGCAUCGAGCCGAUCGCGGCCCUGGGCCUGCACCCCCAGCUGCUGCCCGCGAUCUUCGGGCUGCUGAUGUACAGCGCCGGCAAGGUCCUGCAGGGCCUGCUGCCCAAGGGCCUCCUGGCCUCCCCCGCCCGCCCGGCCGAGCGGUGA